GACUCAAAUUUGCGUUAAAUUACCGCAACCGGCUGCGUUCGUUCGCAGAGAACUCGUCGUGCACGUUGUUUGCUCGUUGACCUGAGAGCGAAGCCGCGGACGAACGUCACGUUUCCCGCGUGAGACGUGUGAAGAAUAAGAACCGGCGGAUGUUCACGUUGUUCAUUCAGCUGCGGAGCUAACAGCUAAAACACUUAGCGCCCAGGAAGCUGGUGUGAGCGGAGAGAAUCAGAUCUAAUGGGAUUUAUUCAAAGUUCACUUGUGCUUCCUGUUGUCUCGAGGCUUUCCCGCCACUUCUCGCCAUGCUCUCGAACGGUGCCGCUUGCUGAGCUGAGGCAGGAGUGCGAGGCCCGUGGUCUCGACACCAAGGGAAACAAAGGGGAGCUCAUCGCUCGACUUCAAGCCUACCUGGAGGAGCACGAGGAAGACGUAGACGUCGAUGAUGUGCUGGCGGAGGACACCGAGGACUUCGCUAAAGCGGAGACUGUCAACAAUGUGAGCGUCGACAAGGAGUCCGAACCUGUCGACUGUGAGACACCCACUGAAAAGAAGGUGGUGAAAAUAGCUCCUCCAUCAACCUCCAGCGAAAGGCUACAGAAGAGAGCUGAACGUUUCAACAUGCCUGCGACAGCUGAAAGCAAGAAGGCCAUACGCGCCGCGAGGUUUGGUUCGUCCACAGAGGCUUCCAGUCCCGCUGCAGGCGCCGUCGCAAACAGUAAAGCUCCUGUGAGCGCUGAACAACUGAAGAAGAGAGCGGAAAGAUUUGGCAUUACCGUUUCCUCCAUCUCACAAAAGAUUGAAGAGGAUGAAAAGCUGAAGAAAAGGAAGGAGAGGUUUGGGAUCUCUGCGAGUGCAGGUACAGGCGGCGCAGACGAUGCUGAGGCAAAGAAAAUGAAGCGCAGCGAACGAUUUGGGAAAGUGUAAAUAGAGUUUUAGAGAUGGCUGUUUUUGUAAAGCAUUUUCAUGGCUGUACAACAGAGACUCCCGAGGACGACAAACGUCACUAAUAGGAUUCCUGUAAAUCAAAAGUAUAGUUCAAUACAAAAGCUUUUGGGUGAGUUAGAUCAUUUCAAUGGUUUGGAAAACAAACAGAAAAUGUCGACGAGCAUCAAGUCAGUGGGAUAUUAUAAAUUGUUUUUAUUUGUUUUUCACGUUCAUUACUUAAUGUAGCAACAUAACUUGUCCUGGUAGCCGCUUAUUUUCGAUUUCCCCCGUUUUUCAUGUUGGAGUUGUGGGUGUGAGUUCCUGUGUGAUGUAGACGUUAACGUUUUUCUAGCCAUUUAACAAAUAAGAUUUAAAAAUAGUAUAUUCUCCAAAUCUCAGGUAAUUAGCUACUUUAUGAUCCGCAACUAAAAUUCACUUGUAAUUUCGUGAAAGAAGCUGAAGAUCUGAGGGUGGGGGGGGAGGGAGUUGAGGGACGGUGGACGCAUUUUAUGAAGCAGCUGCAGGAAGUGUCUCGUUCGGAGACGGGUUCAGCUGCCAGGGCCCAAUGAAAUGAAAUUCAGAUGUUUGUUCAACUGUAAUCCGUCCAGUUAAGAUCAGAAACCAGGGAUGAGUUUACAGUUCAGCAAGGAAAGGAAUAGAAACUAGCAUCUCUUGCUUUGUGCACAUGCUUAAACCAACAUGGCGUCACAAGAUGAAUUGGAAUUUUUGACCGCAGAAAUAGUAUUUAUUCAAAUAUUACGUCUGUGAAACUGAAUAAUGAAGAAAUACGACAUUGGAAGUGUGUGUUUUUAUCAGAGUUUGUGCAGUUAAUUAUUCUAAUUUUCAAUUUAAAUGAUAAAACUCGCUUGUUUGUAUUCAAUUGUACUUUUGGUUUGUCCAACAACUGGUUAUUUACUUGUUUUCUUUUUUGGGGUUCCAUUGAUACACUGCUUCAGUUAUCUGUCCAUUUUCUAACAUUUUGUGAUUUAAAAAAUAAAUUGUUUUUGAUUUUUUUGAAAUCUG